GCAUCAGCUACUCCUCAAUGGAACAGAAAAAGAAGAAAGAAAAAAAAAUAGGCUCCCUGUACUAGCUGAAGACAACGGGGUUGUGUCGCCUGCUACCGGAAUCGGCGGCCGGUUUGGCCACUUGUUCGCGUCAGUUGCCGGAGGGAGAAGCUAGUUUGAUCAACGCGUCCGCCUCUGUAUCUGGUGAGGCCAAGCACCAGCUCUCGUGCUCCUUGUUCCUCAGUGAGCAUGGGGAGCUCUGAUGAAACCAAACCGGGCUGCGUGCGCUGACACAAAUCGUCCAGGGCCAUUGACACCCAUGGCCUCCUAAAAAAAGCAAGCUCAAUUCCCUCCUCUGCCCGGCUUGGCCGCCACCUCCUCUCCUCUCCAACCACCACCACUCGAUUCCUCGCCGUCGGGAUGGCGGCUUCCUGCCGCCGCCGUCGUCACACGCCGCCGCGGAGCUAGCCGUCGAGGAAGACGAGGCGCGCUGGGGGGCGUCGAUGGCCAGGGCGUCCUUGUUGCCGUCGGUGAUUGUGCACGUCGUCGUCGUCACUGCGUUCUUCUUGCGUCCCUGCGCUGCCCAGAGCCGCGCCGCGAACAUCUCGGCCGUCGAGGCCGCCGUCCGGGACCGCGCGUUCCAGCUGCUCCGCGGCGCGGGACAGCUCGUGGACGUGCCCCUCCCGGCGAACCUCUCCGGCGCGGGCGUCCAGGCCUCGGCGCUGCGCGUGCGCAGCAACGCGCUCUGGGCCGACGGCGCCAGCGCCGCCGCCGGCUCGUCCGGGGUCGCGUUCGCCAUCCCGCCGCGCGUCGUCCCGGCCCCGUUCGCGCGCCGCGUCGCCAUCGUCUUCGAGCGCUUCGCCGGCGACGGUGGCGCCACGGCCGGAGCGGCGCUCUUCGCCGCGCCGCGCGGGUACGCGCUGGCCGCGCCCGUGGUCGGCAUCCUCGCGUACGACGCGUCGGCGGGCCACGACGCCCGGGUCUCGCUCCGGGCGCUCGGCGCGCCGGUGCGCGUCGAGUUCAAGAACCUGUCUACAGCGGCGGCGGCGGCGAAGGAGUUCAACGCCAGCACCGCGCGGUGUGUGAUGUUCGCGGCCAGCGGGGAGGUCGCCGCCACGCACGCCGUGGCGUCGGGCCCGGCGUGCGCGGUGACCGGCACGGGCCACUUCGGCAUUGCGGUGCGGGUGCCUGAGACGCCGCCGCCGGCAGCCUCGGCCUCGAUGGUGAGGGCGAGGUGGUGGGCGUGGACGGUGGGCGUCGGCGCCGGCGGCGUGCUGGGAGCCAGCGUCUUGGGGCUCGCCGUGGCCGGCGCGGUGAGCUGGAGCAGGAGGCGCCGGAGGGAGGAGAUGGAGCGGCGGGCAAUGGCCGGGGAGGAGCUGGGGAGGAUGACGGUGCGUGGGAGCACGAUGCCGUCCGCGAAGGUGAUGAGGACGCGGCCGGAGAUGGUGGAGAGCCCGUCGUGGCGGUAGGCGUACCUGAGCUCGUGAUCGUGCAAGAUCUUGUAACGUUCUGCUUCGUGUUUAGGUGUGUUUUUCAGCAGCACUACAGCGUGAGAUACUUGUAUAGCACAAUGUACUUCAUCCCAACUUGGCAACUUCCAUUCUGAUUGAAAUAGGGAUUUUGGAGUAAGAGAUUCUUCGGUACACCGCAAUACUUCA